GACUACAAAUCCCAGACAUCACAGGGCGCCAUUGCCUGUUUGUGGAGGAAAGGGGACUCCUUUCAGCAACAUUCUUCUCUACCUUGUCCCUCUUAUCCCUGUGUAAGCUAGAUUUUGGGCCGUUAUCGUAAAGAGUUCAUGGGUUUGGGUGUGUAGGUGUGUUUUCUGCUCUAACCUGGCUCUCGUAUGCGGUUAGGAAGUAUUCGCGCCGCGCUAAGAUCGGCUGGAUCUGCUCGGUAAGGUAGGGCUUGUUAGCUAGCUUCCAUUAGCCAGCAGCUAUCAGUAGAUUUACGGCUUAUAUCCGCGGCUGUUCUCCCAGAUAGAUCAGCUAAAGCUGGAGGCGCCGGUCAGACACAAUGGUCGGUCAGUUGCAGAUUUAUUUGAGUGUUGACAUUGGUAAAUAAUUCAUCUAAAUUGGGGACAAAUCAACGCCACCUUUGUUUGGCUCGAGCGCAGCCUGACACGUUUGGCCUGUUUUAUUGUCUCCGAAUAGCGAAAGGCAACGAAUCGUUUUCGGUGUAGGUUAAUUUGGCUUGUUAGGCUAACUUUACCGUGUUCACGCGAACAGAAGAAACCCGUCAGCUGUUAACUCUAGAAGAUCUUAAAAGCCACCCAGACCACCACUACCACAAUGGCGCAACACGACCCCUCUCAUGUAGCCAGUUCACAGAAAGCACUGAUGCUGGAACUGAAGAGCCUUCAGGAGGAACCCGUCGAGGGAUUCAAAAUAACACUGGUGGACGAGGCUGAUUUAUACAACUGGGAAGUGGCUAUUUUUGGACCACCAAACACUCACUAUGAAGGGGGUUAUUUCAAGGCUCGGAUCAAGUUUCCUCUAGACUACCCAUACUCCCCACCUGCUUUCCGCUUCCUCACCAAAAUGUGGCACCCCAACAUCUAUGAGAACGGAGACGUGUGUAUUUCUAUACUGCACCCUCCAGUGGACGACCCACAGAGCGGGGAGCUGCCUUCAGAGAGAUGGAAUCCCACCCAGAACGUCCGGACCAUUCUGCUGAGUGUGAUCUCACUGCUCAAUGAACCCAACACCUUUUCUCCUGCCAAUGUGGACGCGUCUGUCAUGUACCGCAAGUGGAGGGACAGCAAAGGCAAAGACCGGGAAUAUGUAGAGAUCAUUAGAAAACAAGUGUUGGCCACCAAGGCCGAAGCUGAGCGCGACGGCGUGAAGGUGCCCACCACGCUGGCAGAGUACUGCGUCCGCACACGUGCCCCAGCCCCCGACGAAGGCUCCGACCUCUUCUAUGACUACUGCUACGACGAUGAUGACGUGGAAGGUGAGGACGGCGACUGUUGCUACGAUGAAGAUGACUCAGGCAAUGAGGAGUCGUGACGGGCUUUUUCGGUGCCCUAAUCAAGCUGACGUGCGCUACCCAUUCUCUCUCUGCCCGGGUUGCCAGAUAUUCUAGGUUUACAACCAAGAAAGAUUGGAAGCUUCCCUCCUCUAAACCAAUAAAGAGCUUUUUUUCCGUGCGCCUCUGAAUGUGUCUCAGAGGUUGAAAUUGAUGCCUUGCUGUGGAAGGCUCUGACCUGGCAAGAUUUGCACCAGCACAAAAGUCACCAGUUUCUUCAGUUUUUAUCAUCACCUAAAUCCUUACUUUACAUAACCCUGCCGAGUUUUUCAGUCCCUUGUAUAGUGUAAGGUAAUUGUGGGGUUUAAAAAAAAAAAAAAAAAAAACUGU